GGAGGAGAUCAAAGAGCUGCUGUAUGAAUCCGGAGGAGGAGAGGGCGCGCGCUGGGAGGAUGAGGCAGGUAAAGGGGUAAAAGGACGAUGACAGUUAUCCUAAUGGAUCAUGAGACCCCGCCCACUGUCCUGCAGGCCACGCCACUUGAAAAACUUCCUGCAUGCUCUGGAUCUUCCGUUGGUGAAUAUUGAAGGCCUGCGCGAGGAGAACCACCUGCAAAUGAGAGCGAGAUGUCUGGACUCCGGUCAGCUCUUCUCUCCUGGGUUGCUUUGCUGCUGUACCUGAGCAGCAUGACUCUUGCGCAACAGCGCAAAAGCAGUGGAAUAAACGAGAGCGCUCAGUCUUACAGCCAGGGGGCGCCAGUGAACACAAGCACUGAGUUGUAUUCAAAACAGAAUAAUGGAUCAGUAUGGAUCAGCAUGUCCGAGGUCAACCAGAGAACAGCUAACGCGGGAUUAACUAGCGCGAGAGAAGCUAGUGAGAAAGCAACUGCUAGCGAGAGAGUAGCUAAUAUAGAACACAGUGAGAAAUUACCAAACGAGAGAUCAGCUAGUGAAAAUGCAGCUAGUGAAAAAGUACUAAGUGAGAGAAAGGACACCGAAAGGACAGCUAGUGAGAGAGUAUUUAGCGCGAAAGCAAUUCGCAAACGAGCGACAAACGAUAGAACACUUAACGAGCAAACAACUAUUGCGAGAGCAACUACAGAAAAAGCAACCAAUGACGAGGAUGCUGGGACUUUGUGUGCAUACCGCGUUGUUGAGAAAGGCGAAGAGGGCCGAAUCUGUUUCCGUCACACUCAGGUGGGCUUCACCUGUCCAAGCAGCACCUGCCGACAGGUAAGGUCACCUGGAGGAAACCUGCUGGCGAACAUGCUCUCCAACGGUAGCGUGCUGCUCCAGUGGACUUAUGACGGACGGGGCAGAUCCAGUAUCCCCGGGAGUAAAGGGGUACCAUCAGAAGCCCCUGAACUCACAGUGACUCCAGCAGCAGGGGGCGAUAGAGAGACUCUACCUGCCCCACCAAAGAGCCCCAACAGGGGGCAGCAGAUGCAGGGGAGGGGUUUUAGAAUGAGCUGUUGGUGGAACGGCAGCUACACACAGUUCGAGUGCGCGAGUGUUACCCUGGGCAACAGCUGCAGGGACUUCCUGUUGACCGAGCUUCACGAGAACAUGCCCUACCGCAUCUGCCUGCAGCCCCUGUGGGCGGUUUGGGACGGAGCCGAGGCAGGAAGGCUUCACAAAGACAAAAUGAAAACGAUUUGGGACGAAGCCGGCUGUGUGGACUUCAGCAUUUCUCCCUCUGGAAUGCAGGACAUUGUUAUUGCCAUGACGACGGUGGGCGGAGCCAUCUGUGUGAUGCUGGUCAUCAUCUGCCUGCUGGUGGCGUACAUCACUGAGAACAUCAUGAGUCCGUCUGUGCAACACACACUCACAGCACGACACUCCACUCGCUCACACAACACACACCUCUAAACACAGCAUAACACACACUUUCAAGCAUGCACACACACACACACACACACUCACACAAACCUCUAAACUAGGGCUACACUGAAAAGUCAACAUCUCCAUAUUAACCAUUUGAAGAUCAUUAGUUUGUGACAAAAACCUGUUUAUCCCUCAUUUCAGCCUGACACGCCUGCACACCUCCAGAACGUGAAAUAAUGCACACGUAACAGCACUCAGACACACAGCAGAAAUAAAUAGGCCACUUUCUCACACUCUUCUACAGCACUCUCAACAUCCCACACACUCGAGUCACACACACACACUAAAUCUCUCUCAGCCACUGAGGUAGUGCUAAAAAUUCACACCAAAAAAAAGAAUAAAAACAUGUACACACUAACAAAAGCUCCACAUCUUUAGAAUGUUCAUUAGUUAUUCUUUUUAUCCAAAAUAAUCUAACCUAAUCUAAUCUAAUUUAUUGUAUUUAUUCUCCUGAAAACCAAAAACACAAAUUAACACAUUCAGUUCAGAAUUUAUAUACUGUUUAAAUCAGAUUCUAACAGUCUUAGAAGGAGUUUUGAGCACACCCUUCUGUCCAGAGCUGAAAUUACAUUGUUAAAAUCCGCCCUCAAUAUGCGCACAUUUAAAAAAAAUGUUUAUUAGGGCGAUAACAAAGUGUGGAGGUGGGGCUCAGAAAGCAGCCAAUCAGAGGCCAAUCUUAUCCGCUUUAUUAGUUGCUGCUCUGGCGUCCAAUCGGGAAGAAAAGACCAGUUUAUACUUCUGCGUCGAAGCUACGCCAUAAUCGUAACUACACGAUGUAACUACACGUUGCACAACGCAGACAGCAGCAGCUGUGAUUGGUCCCACCCACAAUUUCCCACCUUCUCUGUUUGAACUGCAGAGCGAUAGCUGAAGCUGCAUAGGGCGCUCGCACAGGCAAACAUAAAGCAAGCAGAAGUAUCGAUGCAGAAAUAUUUACCAACUUAAAAUGUUCAAAAGAUCAUUACUUACUAAUAAAAAAUGGGAGUUGAUCUGCCAGUAUACAGGAAUAUAGAAGAUUGGCACGCUUAGAGCCUAUUUUUUACCCCAGAACCCCCUGAAAAAAGAAUACAGCCAAUCAGAGGCUGUUCUGCUUCAUUGGUCAUUGCAGUACCCAGUAGAGAAAUACACAUUCAAAAUAUAUUUUGUUUGAUUGGUUGUUGGACAAAUCACUUGUUAAAGUGUGUGAGUGUGUGUAUGUAUGUGUGUGUGUGAAAAUGUUUGCAGAUAAUAAUAUUAUUUAAAGUACCCUCAUGCUUUAAUGUGCACUGAACCCACUAAAUUAUUUUUUUUUUAUUACAUUUUUUGUUAACUGUUCUAAAGGGACAUUUUAAUACCUAAAAUGUAAAAAAAAUAAUAAUAUUUAAAGGAAAAAAAAAUAAGAACACCAGAUUUUCACACCCCUUUAUUUUCAAGAAUCAUAUUUUUUGGUUUAGGUUGUGGUGACAUUGAUUUAACUCUAAUUGACUAAUUAAUCAUCAUUCAUUUGAAAUUUUCUUACUGCUUUAAAAACGGCAAACAACCUGAUAUUUCCAUACAACUAUAUUAUACAACAUUAUUUGCCUUCUGUUUAUAUAUUUUUUAUUAUUUGUCUAGUACUCAAAAAAUAAUUUCAAAAGUAAUCACAAUAAUUGGUCCUUAAAUCAUUGGUUAUAAAAUACAUAAAUAAAUACGAAACAUUUUUUGCACUCCUGAACACAAAGGUCAAACUCCGCCUCUAACCUCAGAGUGUAUAAACACACAGAUCAGGUACAGACGGAGAUCAGACUCCAGCUUUAACGUUUUAACCUUUUCCUAUAGCUAUA